UAUUUUCCUCUUCUCUCCCCUUUCCUUUUUCCUUCCCCAAUUCAAAGCCUCACAGACCGCUCUCACUCGAAUUACCCUAAUUCACUUCAACUUCCAUUACUCAAUUUCCCCAAUUCAAUUUUCAAAACCUCCCCGGCGGGUGCCGCCCACGAUGCUCCAAACGCCGCCGUUUAAGGGCGCCAAUGUCUUCAUGUCGCGGAAGCUGGUCCCGCCGGAGAUUUUCGACGCGCUUCACGACGCUCUCAAGCUCAACGGCGCCAAUGUCGUCCUCUGCUCCGAUCCCUCGCGCACCGGCCCCGACGACUACCACGUCAUCGCUUCCUCCGAUCACGAAAAGUUUGAGGAUCUCAGAGCCAAGGGUUGCCAACUGCUAGGUCCUCAAUGCGUGUUUUCUUGUGCGAACGAGCAUAGGUCUCUGCCUAAACAAAAUUUUACUUGUUGCCUAGCAUUGGAUGGUGUCAAUGUACUUGCCUCUGGUUUUGAGGCAGAUGAAAAGGUUAAGAUAAAGAACUUAGUAACAUCAAUGGGGGGAGUUUUACAUACUAAAACAUCUUUGGAUGUUAGCUUUGUCAUUGCGAAGAAUGUCUUGGCUGCAAAAUACAAGUGGGCUGUAAAUACAUUGAAGAAGCCAGUUCUUACUAUUAAUUGGUUAUAUCAAUGCUGCAAUGAACAUCGCAUUGUUCCUCAAGAAUCCUUUAGGGUUCUUCCUGUUUCUGGUUUGACGAUCUGUGUUACCAGAAUUCCAUCAGAUGAACGGAAGAAGAUUGAAAAUCUUAUCACAGAAAAUGGUGGACAUUAUUCUGCUGAACUUACAAGGAAGUGCACACAUUUGAUUUGUGAUGCUCCAGAAGGUGAUAAAUACAAGGUUGCACGAAUGUGGGGUCAUAUUUAUAUUGUAACUCGGAAAUGGUUUGAUCAAUCGAUUGCUAGAAGAGCUUGUCUCAGUGAAGAGUCCUUUCCAGUUCAAGGUGGUUCUCUAUCUUCAAAGAAGAUUGUAAAGGGUUGCUUUGCUUCACAAAAUAGCCAAAGCAACUGUAGUGGGAAGUUGCAAGCUGUACCACCAUCGGUGGUUGCAGAUUCAAAUUUUACAGCUGCUACUUGUGGUGGGAUUGUGGAUUCUGAUCUAGAAGCUACUGUCUCACAAACCAUGCUUCCAACAUUUUCUUGUGCCCCUUUAUCUUGUAAAGAGGGGGAUAUCAAAGUCCCUCCCUUGGAAUCAAAAUGUGAGGUGACCCUUGAAGAUUGUGUUGCUGAUGAUUCUCAGUCUGAAGACGAUGACCUGUACUUGUCAGAAUGUAAAAUAUCACUUGUUGGCUUCGAAGCUUCUGAAAUGCGUAGAUUGGUUAAUAUUAUUCGCAGAGGUGGGGGCUCCCGUUAUAUGUCAUUCAAUGACAGGUUGACACACAUAGUAGUUGGAACUCCUUCUGAAAUUGAAAAGAAGGAGGUAAGGGGAUUUGCAGCUUUAGGUGUCAUUCAUGUGGUUAGAGCCACCUGGCUUGAAGAUUGUGAUCGUGAGAAGAAAGAGAUACCAGUUCUCCAGAGGCACAGUGCCUGUGAUAUACUUCUCCCUAAAGGAGCACUGACAGGUACAAGUGGUAUGAUUCAAGGGAAAAUUUCUACUAUUCCUCAGAGGGUGCCUUCUGAUCAGUUAUGUGGUAAUAGGACUACGGCAACUGGAAUAGAUUCAUUGGAGAAAAAUAGAGAGGAGGUAUCAGAAAUAAAUAGGAAUGAUGACAGGUCUGUGAAAGAAGCAGUUGGAUCAUUCGAUAAGAAUAAACUUCCUGUCAUAAAGGAUAAAAGUAAGGUCCAGUUACAUGACAAAACAAGGGGUCAACAGAAGAUACAACAUGAAUCAGGUGUUCAAAAUGGCAAACCAUCUUCUGUAUUUAAGGGGAAAUUUUUCCGCUUUUCAAAUUCCUUUCCUGAAGACAGGAGAGGUGAAAUUAUUGAAUGGGUAAAUCAAGGGGGAGGAUUGGUAAUUGAUGCUCAUUUUAAACAGAAGGCUCACUUCACUAUUGAGUGUCAUGGUGUGAUACCCAGAUCUGUGGACACUACUCGAACUACAUAUGUAUCAAGUCACUGGAUCCGGUCAUGUUUGGAGGAUGGAUGCUUGCUGGAUGUUAGUAAUCACGUUCUCUAUACUCCUCUUCCCUGCCGGACUCCGUUGCCUGGAUUUGAAAGCUUUCGGUUUUCUGUUUCACAAUACGAAGAGAAAGAUAGACUGUUACUAAGAAAUCUGUGUUUUACACUGGGAGCUAAAUUUGUGGAGAAACUGAAUAAGAAGGUUACCCAUUUGUUAUGCAAGUUUACCAGUGGAAGUAAGUAUGAGGCUGCUUGUAAAUGGGGAAUACACCGAAUUACCUCUGACUGGUUAUAUGAGUGCGUGAAGCAGAAUAAAGUCAUUGCUCUUGACCAAUUUUAUCCUAAAGAAGCUACUGCUGAAGAUCGAGAGGCAGGGUUAUGCACUACAAGUCAGUAUCCUACACAAGAUGUUCGAAUGAUAUCUGUAGGCAAUCCAUCUCAAUGUCCAAGUCAAUCACAAGAUCGGAGCUUCUCACCACCUCAAGCCAUUGGUCGUAGAAAUGACAAUAUCAGGGAAGAAGCCAAAGCAUCAAGUUGCAAUAAAAAGGCAAGGGUUUUGGAAAAUGUUGACCAAAGCGGUCUUCUUUCUUCAGGGAUAAGUUCAAGUAUUCCUUCCUAUAUAACUGGAGACAAGAAAGUGAACACUUUUGGUGAAGUAUCCCAAGUUGUUCCUGAUGUAGCUUCUGCUAUUGAGGACUUGUUGGAGCAGACAACUAAGAUUCAUGAUCAGAAUUCACCAGAGAGUAUUUUUGCAUCGGAUUGUGAAUUGCUUGGUCAAGACCUGCCGGGUUCUCACUCCGUGGGUGGACUAUCGAGACACUGGUUAAAGAGUGCUGGGAAAAAAGAUGACAUCAACAAUUCUUCUGGAAAACAAACUGCUGGCUUGUAUGAUCAGUUUAGUGAAACACAGACCGAUUCGCAGGUUGUUGGAUAUGAGGAAGAUUUGUCAGGCCGGCAAAUGCUUAUAGACAGAGUUCGAACGCGAAGUAGUAGCAGGACUGCUUCAAGUUCCUAGUGCAGUUCCACUCUGCAGGGUUCAAGGUAUCAAAUCCAGUUCGCUGAGAACCUCACACUGGUAGCACAGCAGUUGUUUGUCUGAUCUAUGUGCUUUCCGCAAACACGCGAGAGCUACCAAUUGUGAAAGAUGAGGCUUUUGAUAGGAACUGCAUUUUUGGUAGAUGCAUUCCAGGCCUGUUGUAGAUCCUGUGUAUAAAGACUGACUGAAGCAGCACCUCAUGUAAAUAUGGUCUUCCCAUUCUGCCUGCUCAAUACUAGGAGUCAGUCACCGGGAAAAUUUUCGAAAGACUCGGAGAUAUUUCCCAGCAUACAAGGAGAUUAGUUGUUCAUAAUUUUUGUAAUUUCUUAAAAACGUUAAUUCCUAUAGUGAAUUUUCAGCUCUUUUUUUA